CACUCAAGAGUCAAGAGGACGAGUCUCCAUUAAAAACUAUGGAUUUGAGGGCAUAGCUCUAAAAAGAGGCAAAAUGAUAAGAAGAAAAUUCAUGGUUCCUGUAUCUGCAACUCACAUGCUAUCUACCAUCUUUUUCUUCUUGUGUUCUGUCCUGUAUUGCUCUGCUAGAGAUACCAUCACACCGGAGAACUGGCUUAGUAAUGAAGGAGGAACUCUUGUUUCUGCAGGCAAAACUUUUGAACUUGGCUUGUUUAAUCCAGAUGGAAGCUCCAAGAUUGGAAGAUUCGUGGGCAUAUGGUAUUACAUGUCGAAACCACAAAGAGUUGUAUGGGUGGCCAACCGAAAGAACCCCCUUCCCCUUUCUGACACCCCCUCUGGAGUUUUUGCCAUUAAAGAAGAUGGUGAGCUCAAGGUAUUGGAUGCAAAUGGGACAGUUCACUGGUCUUCUGAUAUUGAAACAUCUUCUUCAUCUACAGGGAGGGUGGUGAAGCUCAUGGACUCUGGGAACCUUGUUUUGAGUGACAACAGAUCAGGGGUGAUUCUUUGGGAGAGCUUCCAUAAUCCUACAGAUACUUUUCUUCCUGGGAUGAAGAUGGAUGAAAACUUAACACUGACUUCAUGGCUGAGUUCUGUUGACCCGACACCUGGAAACUUUACUUUCCAGCUAGAUCAAGACAAUAAGGAUCAGUAUAACAUACAUGAUUCAUUUGUCUCAUAUUGGAGCAGUGAGGACUCGAAAGGAACGCCUGAUGAAAUGCCAGAUGCAAUACUCAGCUUGUUAUCCAACUUCAGCAAGACCGGUAAGCCAACCAGCUCUAGAAAAUUCUACAAUAGACCCCUUGAAAUACUGUCCUCCAAGUAUAAGAAUACCAGUCGGUUGGUGAUGAGCUCUUCAGGGGAAAUACGGUACUAUCUGAAUCCGAAUACAUCAUCUCCAGACUGGUGGGCACCGCAAGAUCGAUGCAGUGUGUCAAAAGCUUGUGGGAAAUUCGGAAGUUGUAACACUAACAAUGCUUUGAUGUGCAAAUGUUUACCUGGUUUCAAACCCGUCUCGCCGGAUAUUUGGAAAACUGGAGAGUUUUCAAGUGGGUGUACCAGAAAGUCUCCCAUAUGCGAGAAGAAUUCCAGUGAAGACAUGUUCCUGAGCUUUAAGAUGAUGAAAGUGAGAAAGCGAGACUCUGUGAUUCCAGCAGAUCCGAAUGAUAGUGACUAUUGCAGAAAGGCUUGCCUUAAAAAAUGCCAAUGUCAAGCUUAUGCUGAAACUUAUAUCAAACAAGGAAGAGAUGUUCCUGAUGCCCUAGAAUGCUUGAUUUGGACGGAUGACCUUACUGGUCUUCAGGAGGAGUAUGCCUCUGAUGCCUACAACCUCUCCGUUCGUGUGGCUAUUUCAGAUAUAAAACCAACAGUAAGGAAUUGUGAAACUUGUGGCUCAAACAUGAUUCCUUAUCCUCUAAGCACUGGAUCAAAGUGUGGUGAUUCAACGUACUUCAAUUUUGAAUGUAACAAUACCACAGGCCAGGUUCAGUUCAAGGUACCUGGUGGUGCCUACCGAGUAACUAGCAUUAACCCAGAGACAUUAACAUUUGUAAUCCAACUGAAAGAGGCAGAUUGCAGUUCACGAAGUCUGAUUCCGCCACUAAACCCGCCUUUUCACUUGACUGAUGUGUGCAAAGAGGUUGGAACUGACAAUUUUGGCUCUGAGAUGUCAUUGAAAAAUAGUAUUGAAGUAGAGAUCAGUUGGGAUCCACCAUUGGAGCCGGUGUGUACCUCAUCAGCAGAUUGCAAGGACUGGCCAAAUUCAACCUGCGGAACGCGAGAUGGAACGAGAAGGUGCUUUUGCAAUGAAAACUUCAAAUGGAAUAGCUCAAGUUUAAAUUGUACACAAGGUGUCAAUCCUGCAGAGCCUACAAAGCCUGCUGAUCAGAAGUCAUCGUCGUCAUCUCCAGUGGUUGUGGUAGGCAUAACAGUUGCUGUUGUUCUAGUUGCGGUUUUAGGCAUCAUUGGUUAUAUUGCUUGUUUGCGCAAAAGAACCAUCACCAAAAGGAAAGAGAACAGAGCAAAUCAAGUGCUUCACUUAUAUGAUAGUGAGAGUCGUGUGAAACACUUAAUAGACUCAGAGCAAUUCAAAGAAGAGGAUAAGAAAGGCAUUGAUGUACCGUUUUUUGACUUAGAAGACAUACUGGCUGCUACAGAUAACUUUUUAGAUGCAAAUAAGCUUGGACAAGGAGGUUUUGGGCCAGUUUACAAGGGCAAGUUUCCAGAGGGACGAGAAAUUGCGGUUAAGAGACUCUGCAACUCAUAUGCUGCUGCAAUCUUUUUCUUCUUGUGUUCUAUCCUGUGCUGCUCUGCUAGAGAUACCAUCACACCAAACAAUUUGCUUUUUGAUGAUGGUAGAGGAACUCUUGUUUCAGCCAAUCAAACUUUUGAAUUGGGCUUCUUUAUUCCCAAGGGAGGGUUCAACAAUGGAAAAUACAUUGGCAUAUGGUACUACGGGUUGAAGGAGAGAACAGUUGUAUGGGUAGCCAAUAGAGACAACCCCCUUCCUGACGACAGUGUUGGAGCUCUUGUCAUUGCAGAUGACGGUAACCUCAAGCUAGUGAAUGAAAGUGGAGCAGCUUACUGGUUUACUGAUCUUGGAAGCUCGUCUUCUAUGGGUAGGGUGGCCAAGGUCAUGGAUUCUGGGAACUUUGUUUUAAGCGACAACAGAUCUGGGAAGAUUCUUUGGGAGAGUUUCAAGAACCCAACUGAUACUUUUCUUCCUGGGAUGAUUAUGGAGGGAAACUUAACAUUGACUUCAUGGGUCAGCCCCGUUGACCCUGCACCUGGAAACUAUACUUUCAAGAAAGAUGAUGAUAAAGAUCAGUAUAUCAUAUUUGAAGAUUCAAUUGUUAAAUAUUGGAGAAGUGAGGAAUCAGAAGGAAUGAGUUCUGCAGCAGCCGAGCUCUUAUCCAAUUUUAGCAAGACACAAAAACCAACUGGGUCUCAAUUUGUCCGCAGUUCUUAUACACGGUUGGUGAUGAAUUUCACCGGGGAAAUAAGAUAUCUAGUUUGGGAUAAUUAUACGGAGGAGUGGUCUGCAUUCUGGUGGGCGCCGCAAGACCGAUGCAGUGUGUUGAAUGCUUGUGGGAAUUUCGGUUCUUGCAAUGUUAACAAUGCAUUUAUGUGCAAAUGUUUGCCUGGAUUCGAGCCUAACUCGCUGGAGAGAUGGACUAAUGGAGAUUUUUCAGGUGGGUGUUCUAAAAAGACAACCCUCUGUGGGGACACAUUCUUGAUCUUGAAGAUGAUUAAAGUAAGAAAGUAUGACAUUGAGUUUUUGGGUAAGGAUGAAAGUGAAUGCAGAAGAGAGUGCCUUAAGACCUGUCGCUGUCAAGCUUAUGCUGGAGUUGGAAAGAUACGAAGGGGCCGUGCUAGCACCCCUCCCAAGUGCUGGAUUUGGUCUGAAGAUCUCGGUAGUCUUCAGGAGUAUAACACAGAUGGCUAUAAUCUUUCUCUCCGUGUGGCCAAAUCAGAUAUAGAAUCAACAGUAAGAAAUUGUGAAACUUGUGGCACAAACUUGAUCCCCUAUCCACUAAGCACUGGACCAAACUGUGGUGAUCCCAUGUACUUCAGUUUCAGAUGUGACAAGGCCACAGACCAAGUCUGGUUCGCCUUACCUAAUGGCAGCUACCGAGUAACCAGCAUCACUCCAGAGAGAUCGAAGUUUCUCAUCCAAGUGAAUGAUAUUGAUAACUGCGAAGCACGAAAUUCACAAGACACGAAGAUACUGCAGCUCAAUCCACCUUUCAGGAUAGCUAGCUGGUGCAAUGCUGACACAGGAAAAUCUAGCUCCAGCAUGCCUAUGAAAGGUCAGUAUGAAAUUGAAAUAAGUUGGGAUCCACCACCAGAGCCGGUUUGUAACUCAGCAACAGACUGCAAGGACUGGCCAAAUUCGAGUUGCAGAACGCAAAAUAGAACGAGGUGUUUUUGUAAUCAAAACUUCAAAUGGAACAGCUCCAGUUUAAAUUGUACACAAGAUGGUGGCAAUCUUGCGGAGGCUCCAACACCUGCAAACCAGAAGUCAUCAUCAUCAUCCUCGGCUCUGGUAGUUGUGGUAGGCAUAGUAACUGCUGUUGUAGUAGUUGCACUUCUAUGCAUCAUUGGUUGUAUUGCUUAUUUUCGAAAAAGAACCAUCUCCAAAGGGCAAGAAAACAGAACAAAUCCAGGGCUUCACUUGUAUCAUAGCGAGAGCCGUGUGAAAGACUUAAUAGACUCUGAGCAAUUCAAAGAAGAUGAUAAGAAAGGCAUUGACGUACCAUUUUUCGACUUAGAAGACAUACUGGCUGCUACAGAUCACUUUUCAGAUGCAAAUAAGCUUGGACAGGGGGGCUUUGGGCCAGUUUACAAAGGAAAGUUUCCUGAAGGGCGAGAAAUUGCAGUAAAGAGACUCUCAAGAGCUUCGGGACAAGGCUUACAGGAAUUUAAGAACGAGGUUGUGUUAAUUGCCAAACUUCAGCAUCGAAAUUUGGUUAGACUUUUGGGCUAUUGUAUUGAAGGAGAUGAGAAGAUUUUACUCUAUGAAUACAUGCCCAACAAAAGCUUAGACUCCUUCAUAUUUGAUCAAACUCUAUGCCUGUUACUGAACUGGGAGAAGCGAUUUGAUAUCAUUUUGGGAAUUGCUCGAGGGCUACUUUAUCUUCACCAAGAUUCAAGAUUGAAGAUUAUCCAUAGAGACUUGAAAACAAGCAACAUUCUACUUGAUGACGAGAUGAAUCCCAAAAUUUCAGACUUUGGCUUGGCAAGGAUUUUUGAGAGUAAGCAAGUAGAAGCAAGCACAAACAGAGUAGUUGGAACUUAUGGCUACAUGUCUCCAGAGUAUGCAUUGGAUGGGUUUUUCUCAGAAAAGUCUGAUGUCUUUAGCUUUGGUGUUGUGGUACUUGAGAUCAUCAGCGGGAAGAGGAACACCAGAUCUUAUCAGUCUGACCGGAAUCUGAGCCUUCUAGCCCAUGCAUGGAAGCUGUGGAAGGAAGACAGGGUGUUGGAGUUGAUGGACCAGACACUAAGUGAAACAUGUAAAACAAAUGAAUUUCUGAGGUGCGUGAAUGUUGGGCUGUUGUGUGUGCAAGAAGACCCAAGUGACCGUCCCACCAUGGCAGUUGCAGUUGUAAUGCUCAGCAGUGACACUGCCACACUCCCAGUUCCUAAACAACCAGCUUUUGUCGUAAGGAGAGACCUUUCCAGCUCAGCUUCUUCUUCAAGCAAACCAGAAGCAUCCUUGAAUAGUGAGUUCCUAGCCACCAUAGAAGAAGGUCGAUAGGCGAGAAGGAUCUCCCAUGAACCCUUACGUUUUAGGCCAUGUUCGGUACUUGAUUGUAGGGAAUGAAAAUCAAUGUUCUUAUUCCUCUUAGAAUAGGAGUGAAUUUGGUGCUUCAGUUCUUAUAUUUGUAUGCAUCUAGGAAUAUAAAUUUGAAAUGAGUAUUUGUUGUUA